UCGCCUUCUGCCGUAUGCUGGCUCGUACAUGCCCUCCCUCCGUUGCUCAGUGCGGCUGGAAAUUUUAAAAAAAGACAAAAAUAAAUAAAAGGAUUUGCAAAACAGCAGAGGGGUGAUUUUUAGCCAGGAUCACAGAGUUGUAGGAUGGAAAAUCAUCCGGGUUCUUUGUGCAUUAACCCUCAUGAGCUAUACUUUCUGAGAAUGCAAAGGAGCAGAGAAAAGACGGAGAGGGACAAGAUGGAGGUACAGAAUCAGUGUAAGAAGAGGUUAAGGGUGUGUGUGGCGACAUGCAACAGAGCAGAUUACUCCAAGCUGGCCCCCAUCAUGUUUGGGAUUAAAUCCCACCCUGAAGAUUUUGACCUGGAAGUCGUGGUGCUUGGUUCACAUCUCAUUGAUGACUACGGGAACACUUUUCGGAUGAUUGAGCAAGAUGACUUUGACAUUGGCUCUAAGCUCCACACUAUUGUGAGGGGAGAGGAUGAGGCUGCCAUGGUGGAGAGUGUUGGGCUGGCACUAGUGAAGCUCCCUGAUGUCCUGCAGAGACUGCGCCCUGACAUCCUGGUUGUACACGGUGACCGCUUCGAUGCGCUAGCUUUGGCAACUGCUGCAGCGCUUAUGAAUAUUCGAAUACUUCACCUGGAGGGAGGAGAGGUUAGUGGUACAAUUGAUGACUCAAUCCGCCACGCCAUCAGUAAACUGGCCCAUUACCAUGCCUGCUGCACACGCAUGGCAGAGCAACACCUCAUCGCCAUGUGUGAGGACCACUCUCGCAUCCUGUUGGCUGGAUGCCCUUCAUAUGAUAAGCUGCUGUCGACUCAUCACAGAGAAGACUACAUGGACAUUAUCAAGAGCUGGCUGGGUGACAAGGUGCAGGAGCGUGAUUAUAUUGUGGCGUUGCAGCAUCCGGUCACUACAGACAUCCAGCACUCGAUUAAGAUAUAUGGUCUGAUGCUGGACGCACUGCUCUCCUUCAACAAGAAGACCCUCAUCCUCUUCCCUAACAUUGAUGCUGGAAGUAAGGAGAUGGUACGUGUCAUGCGAAAGAAGGGCAUCGAGCAGCACCCCAACUUCCGGGCAGUGAAGCACAUUCCCUUUGAGCAGUUCAUCCAACUUGUCUGCCACGCCGGCUGCAUGAUCGGAAACAGCAGCUGUGGAGUGCGAGAGGCCGGCGCAUUCGGCACGCCCGUCAUUAACCUAGGAACAAGACAAACAGGCAGAGAAACAGGUGAAAAUGUUCUGCAUGUCAGAGAUGCCGACACUCAGAAUAAGAUCUAUCAUGCUCUGGAACUGCAGUUUGGGAAGAGAUACCCCUGCUCUAAGAUUUAUGGCGACGGCAACGCAGUGCCUCGUAUUCUCAAGUUCCUGCGAACCAUUGACCUGGACGAGCCCCUCCAGAAGACCUUCUGUUUCCCCCCGGUGAAAGACCCCAUUUCCCAGGACAUCGAUCAUAUCCUGGAAACUCAGAGUGCUCUGGCCAUUGACCUGGGAGGAACCAACCUCAGAGUUGCUAUCGUCUGUAUGAGGGGCAAGGUUGUGAAGAAAUACACUCAGCCCAAUCCAAAGACUUUCGAGGCCAGAAUGCAUCUCCUGUUAAAGAUGUGUACAGAUGCCAUGCGGGAUGCUGUGUGCCUCAACUGUAGAAUACUUGGUGUCGGAGUGUCCACAGGCGGGCGUGUAAACCCACAAGAAGGUGUGGUCCUACACUCGACAAAGCUGAUCCAGGAGUGGUCUUCUGUGGACCUGAGGACACCCAUCUCAGACGCCCUACACCUACCUGUCUGGGUUGACAAUGACGGCAACUGCGCUGCUUUAGCCGAGAGGAAGUUUGGUCAUGGCAAAGGAGUGGAAAACUUUGUCACUGUCAUCACAGGAACAGGUAUCGGAGGAGGAAUUAUCCAUCACAAUGAGCUGGUUCAUGGCAGCACCUUCUGUGCCGCCGAGCUGGGUCACAUCAUGGUCUCACUGGAAGGCCCAGACUGUUCAUGCGGCAGCCGCGGUUGCAUAGAGGCUUAUGCAUCUGGCAUGGCCCUGCAGAAAGAGGCCAAAAGGCUGCAUGACGAGGACCUGCUUAAGGUGGAUGGGAUGGAUAUGAAGCUCUCGGAGCCAGUCACUGCUGCUCACCUCAUCAGCGCAGCCAGAAUGGGGAACUCCAAAGCUGAAGCAGUUCUGAACAAGGCCUCCACAGCGUUAGGUGUGGGCAUCGUCAACAUCCUCCACAUAGUCAACCCCUCACUGGUGAUCCUGUCUGGAGUCUUGGCCUCGUACUACCAGGCCCCAGUGCAGCGCAUCAUCUCAGAGAGAGCUCUCUUCUCUGCCCAAAGCAUCAAGGUUGUCACGUCAGACUUGGAAGAACCUGCCUUACUUGGAGCUGCUAGCAUGGUGUUAGACUAUGCAACCAGGAGGAUAUACUGAAGGGCGUAUGUGUAAUUUACAAAGGACUGCAAAACUACAAGUAUUAACUGUACUGCCUACAUCAAUGCGUAAACAUAUCUAUUAGACAUUUUCAAGGCAAAAGUGAAAGGCAAUGCGUUGAAACUAUCAAAAAGUAAGCACGAGUUUAAUAUAUUUUUAACAUUAUUUUGUUUCCUGCUUGUUGAUGACCGAAGCGAAUGCAGUUGUGCUUGCAUUGUCCACAGAUAUACACAUACUGGUUUUUUUUUUUUUCCACAUUGUAACUUGGAUACAAGUUUGAAGUGGGUCCAUUCCACAAUCUGGAAAUCCCACCCCUGUUUUGUACAGUGCCUACCGUGUAAUUAGGAUUAAAUGAAACCCCGGGACUUUUUUUGAACAAGGCAUCAGCUUUGAGUACUCAUACACAUAUCCAUCUUUAAGCCAAAACUACUCAUAGAGGGCAAUACUUAUGACGGCUCUAUCUGUAAUGUGACAUGUGUAGAAAGGAAAGUUUGUCAUUAUAGAAAGCUUGUUUCAGAUGUGACCAAAGUAUUGCUGAAACAUGCUACUGUAGCUGUUCUCACUCACUGUUUUUUUUGAGUUUUCUAUAAAUCUUUUAUGAACAUUCAUUCACAGUUUUAUCCGUUUUUAAGGCGAGUCCAUGUUACAUGUUACAUUUCCAUGCUUUGUUAUUAAUUAAAUAAUUUAAGAUCUGUUAAAUCAAACUGAAGUGUCUUAUAUUAAUGACCUGGUAAAGCAGCAACCACUUUAGCCUUAUGACUGCUAUAGUAUGAUGAGGACUUGAGAAUGAAUCUCUUGUCUGAAAACUUUUUUUUUUUUUACAUUUCAUGACAGACCUUAAGAUUUUAGCCUUCUGAAGAUAAUAUAUGAUUUGUAUGUAAUAUUACAUACCACAUGUACAUUAUAUGACUGUUAGUUUUUAGAUCAAUUUCUAUGUGAGCUCAUUGAUUUAUGUUGUUCCAAAUAAAUAAUCUGUCACGUUUAGAUAUUCUCAAGACUUACCUACAA